AUAGUGGUAUAGUUAAUCGACGACACGUCUGCGUUCGUGGCGCUCUCGCGAUGCGAGCAGGCGAGGGACAUGAUUCGUACACUCGCCAAACAUUCUCAGACCACGCUCGUGCCGUACGCCAAGUUCAAACACAUGGCUUCACAAGACAGCAGACACUGGCGCAAGGAGGAGUACACAAUUCCUGACACCCCCAGGCCACGGCAAGCCGUUAGCACAACAAGCGUCUCUCCCGCACCUCCAAAGUCUCCCGUGAAGGACGUUAAAGAACCCACCAAAGAGCGCGCGCGCAGCAACAGCCUGACCUCACCACCGCCCAACAGGAAGAGGACCAGCUCCGGUGUGUUCCAGGUUGACGAAACGGAGCCACCGCCGAAGAAGCCCGAGCCCUCCCGAAAGAGGCCCGAAGUCAACGGCAAGAGGGACUCCAGUGAACCUAAGAAGGGAAAGCAAGAAAAGGACAACGAAAGGGCGAAGAAGCAAGAAAAGAAAGUGAUAGAACGAUUCGAUGAAGAGGCUAAGACGGAAUGCGUGUCUGCGUUCAAAGAGAGCGAUAGUUGGGAUUAAGAAUAAAUGUUUAAAUGUAUGUA